AAGUCAAAAAUCGACGCAACUCUCGAUUCACGCUCAGUUUCGUUUCGGCAAUCAUUCGGUGAACACAGGUCACAGAUCGCCACAGAUCACAGAAGAUCCCCCAGAAAAAAGAUGGAAUUUAAAGCCCUGCGACUCCUUCUGGGAGUCAUCCUGCUGAGCUCCCUUGGACUGUCAGACGGCGUGGCUCUGCAUCCGCAUCCUUUGACCGCCAACUACACCAACGACAUCCUGCGCCUGGCCAAGGCAGCCCACAUAAAGGCCUACAUGGGCGAGUCCGACCGGGAGGAGGCCUGCAGCAACUUCUACAGCUUCGCCUGCGGCAACUGGCCCCGUCUUCAUCCUGCUCGCAUCUCCAACAAGAGGACCAACUACCUGGAGGAGCUCCAGGAGCUCUACAUCCGCAAAAGCGCCGAAAUGCUAAAGAACCCGACCCGAGGAGCGGAGAACAGCGCCGAUCGUCAGAUCAAGAACUUCUUCAGCUCCUGCCGCCAGCACGCCAACGAUACGCGAUCCGCUUUAACGACCCUACUCCAGGUGGCCGAUUUUAGAGGCGGCUGGCCCGAGAUCCGUGUGCCCUCGUGGUAUCAGUACGAGUACGACUGGCUGCAGGUGGUGGCCAACCUCAAGCGACAACUGGGAGUGGAUAUCUUCAUUGGCCUGGACGUGAUCCUGGACUACAAGGAGGAGCAGAUGCAUCGCCUCAAAAUCGGAGCCCCGGAAUUCCAGCUGGGCCAGCGACGUCGCUAUACGGAUCCCUACUUUGCUGCCACCCGUGACAUUUACGAGAAAAAAAUAUCCAACAAGCUAGAGCAGUACUUCCCGGAGCAAUCGAAGCGCUGGCUGCAGGAAGUGGCCGAGCAGGUGAUGGAUAUCGAGCAGCAACUGGCCAAGGGACUGCCCCACAAUCCUGCCCUGACCCUGGAGCAAACCACUCGCCAGAGAACCGCCGGCGAGAUGAACACCGCCUACGGCAGUUACGUGGAUGUUAAUCGCUAUCUGCACUUGAUUUUCAACGAGAAGCUAUACAUGGAUUUGUACGAAACGCCGGAGGACUACUUCUCCAAUCUGGUGGAUGUGAUACGGGAGACGCCCAAGUUGCAGCUGGCUAACUACACAAUCUGGCGGGCUCUGGAGGCUAUCGAUUCCGCCCGAGUGCCACCCAACCAGCAGUCGGAUAUCUGGUGCGUCCAGCUGACCCAGCGCUACUUCCCGCAGCAGCUGGAGAGCCUCUUCCACCGCAACUACAACCACAUGCAGAUGAUCAACGAACUGCAGUCGACGUGGUCGGACAUCAAGCGCGUCUUCCGGGAGGACCUGCAGGCGUCGGAGCAACUCCACUGGCUUACACUCGAGACCCGGCAAAAGGCCAUCACCAAGCUGGAGGCCCUGAAGCUCCACUUCCGUACCCACGACGACCACAAGCUAGUGCGUCAGAUCCACGGUCUGAAUCUGGACGCGGUGAAGUUCUACCCGAAUCUGGUGGCCGUUCUCCAGUGGCAAACUCAGCGGCGCUUGGCAAAGCUGAUGGAGGAACCAGUGGCCGAAGACCAAGUGCACAAGUUACCGCAUUACGAGUUACAGAAGAACAGGAUCCAGGUACCCAUUACCUUCCUUCAGGCCAGGUUCUUCUGGGAUCCAGCCUAUCCCAGUGCCCUGAAGUACGCCACAUUGGGCGUACUCCUCGCCCGCCAAAUGUUGCACGGAUUCGAUGGCGUUGGCAGGCGGUACGACGCUUACGGCUACCAGAACAAUUGGUGGGACAGCACCUCUGAGACUUCGUACUCGCGACGCACCCAGUGCUUCCAGGAGCAGUACGCCAUCUUUGUCCAGUACAAGGAGAAACCGAUUCAGGAUAAGGAGCUCCUGCGACGGGUUGUGGCCGAUAAUGGUGCCCUGGACAUCGCCUAUCGGGCCUACCAGCAGUGGUUCAAGAACGCAGCCGACGCUCCGAUCAUCUACCAGCGCGAACGCCUCCCACUCUUGGACUACAGCCACAAUCAGUUGUUCUACUUGGGAUAUGCCCAACUCUACUGCUCGGACUAUCCCCAGUCUGUGGAGCGCUUCGAUGAGCUCCCAGAGGCACUCCGGGUCAACACUGCUCUGUCCAACCAGCAACCGUUCGCCAAUGCCUACAGCUGCUCCCGAGAGGAUAAGGUGUAUGCCCGCUUCAAGUGUACGCUCUACUGAGGUUCUGUAUUCUCCCUCCAUUAUUCUAAAUUUAUUUCACAAGACUACCGAAUAAAACCGAUUUAUUGCACAUA